AUGGGGCAAGAUAUAUAUAAUUCACCGCACCCGCCUGACGAGGACUUAAAGCCUGGAACAUAUCGUAUCUUUAAUCCAACUGCAGGGACCGCCAUUCAAAUGUCUUAUCAUGAUCCAGCCGGAAUAGUCGCAUGGGGAAAGCACGGAGGAGAAAACCAACAGGGUGCUCAGAGGAUCAAGUGGUUUUUGCAACGAUCGGGUCAUGGCUAUCAACUGCAAAAUCGACGUUACGGCACCUACUUAGCUGUGUGUGAUACCAACAAUGGCGGAUUGGUCUACGCAAGUCGAUACCCAACUACGUGGUUGUUCUUGAAGUAUGAUAAUAAUUAUCUUAUCCAGAUUGCAGACAAAAAUCGAAUUCUCAACCUUUAUGGAUGCUCGCGCCAAAAUGGAACCUUAAUUCAUAUCUAUAAUCUUGAUGGUACAAACAUGACCCAUAGGAUUUGGGGGUUAGAGCGCCUAGGCGACGGUUUUGGGAACGAUGAAUUGGUUGAAAUCCGAGAUAAAGUGACCAACCAGAAUAGAGAGAUGACUCAAUUACGGGAGGAGUUGACCAGUGCAAAGCAAGAAAUCAUGGAGCUCCGUGGCCUUCUCAUUCAACGUUACAGAGACAUUCGUCAACAAGAAACGGCGAAAGAUAUGGCCAGCUUCCCUAGCGAAAUAGAUGAAACUCCCACUGACCUAUACAAUCAACAUAAGCUCCUGAAGGCCCAACUUUCACAGUAG